UAUAAAAUUCUAUACAUAUAACAUAAACGUAUACAUUAUUUAUAACUUAUUAAUUAAUAUAACUUAUGUAUAUCAAAAGUUCUAUUCAAACGAGAAUAGAAGAGACUUCCCAGGAAUACCAUGCAUCGACUUCAACACCAAUAAUUCCUAGGGUUGCAAUUGCAAGUGACAUUGAUAUUACCGGGAUAAAUUCAUUAGAUUGGGCAGAUGAAAAUAUCGAAUCUCAUGAAUUAUCAACUGUUAGUUUAUCGUGUGAAAAUAUCGAAUUACAUAAACUAGAAACCGUCAAAGACCUAGUAAUCAAAAACUCACCAAUGGAAAUAAUGACUAAUGAAAUAGAUGGACUUAGAAUAGUUGACAUGUCUCAUAUAUUUUUUCAAAUACAAAAUAUCAAACAUGACAGUGGUUUUGAUUGUAAUUUUAUGAACAUGAAGUUUAAAAAAAAAUUAGUUCUACUAAAAUCAUACCCAAUGAAAAUUGGUCCAUCAAUAAAGCUGCUGUAA